AUCCCCAGCAAAGCGGAAGUCCGGUGGGCUGAGGACAAAAGAUGCUGCUUCCUCACCUACCUUCCAUCUGGUGGACCUGAGCCUAAUCUCUGGGACAAAUAUGGUGGGUGCAAAAGCCAUCACAGUCCCCAGCACCUCCCUGGGCCUGGCACAGCAACACAGCGAAGUCAGCAGUGUCACGGUGAAAUCCCCUUUCUAUCAGGUGUCCUGCUGUGGGCCUGUUCCUUGUACCAGCUGCUGCCACUCCAGGUGGCCCUCUCUCACAGAGUCUACUUGUAGCCGCCUGUUCUACAUCCUCCUCCAUGUGGGAGCCUCAGCAGUCUGCUGCCUCCUGCUGUCAAGGACAGUAGUGGAAAAGGUCUGGGGCAAGGCACAUGGGAUCCAGAUGCCUUCAGGGUUGUGUGUCCACCUGUUUGGCCACUCUGACUGUCCAGUGCUCAGUGGCUCUGGGGCUGUGUACCGCAUAUGUGCAGGAACCGCCACCUUCCACCUACUGCAGGCUGUGCUGCUGGUCCACCUCCACUCCCCCACCAGCCCACGGGCACAGCUGCAUAAUAGCUUCUGGCUCCUCAAGCUGCUGUUGCUGUUAGGUCUAUGUACUGUUGCCUUCUGCAUCCCUGAUGAGCAUCUCUUCCCAGCCUGGCAUUACAUUGGCAUCUGUGGAGGCUUCACAUUCAUCCUACUGCAGUUGGUGCUUAUCACAGCCUUUGCCCAUUCCUGGAACAAGAACUGGCUGACAGGUGCAGCCCAAGACUGCAGUUGGUUCCUAGCUGUGCUGCUGGCCACCCUAGGAUUCUACAGCAUGGCAGGUGUGGGAGCUGCACUCCUGUUCCAACACUACACGCACCCCGCUGGCUGCCUGCUCAACAAGAUGCUGAUUAGUCUGCACCUUUGCUUCUGUGGCCUCCUCUCCUUCCUCUCCAUCGCUCCUUGCAUCCGCCUCAAGCAACCUCGCUCUGGCCUUCUACAAGCCUCUGUCAUCAGCUGCUAUAUCAUGUAUCUGACCUUCUCUGCACUGUCCAGCCGUCCUCCAGAGAGAGUAAUCCUUCAAGGACAGAAUCACACCCUGUGCCUGCCUGGCCUGAGUAAAAUGGAAUCCCAAACACCAGAUACCUCAAUAGCAAUGUUGAGUGCUGGCAUCAUGUAUGCUUGUGUACUUUUUGCUUGCAAUGAGGCUUCCUACCUGGCUGAAGUAUUUGGACCCCUGUGGAUUGUCAAGGUUUACCGCUAUGAAUUCCAGAAGCCCUCACUCUGUUUCUGCUGCCCUGAAACAGUGGAGGCAGAGGAAGGGCAAAGGGCUGGAGCUGCCAGGCCAGUUGACCAAGAGACCCCUCCAGCUCCUCCAGUGCAAACCCAGCAUCUUUCCUACAGCUAUUCUGCCUUCCACUUCGUCUUUUUCCUAGCCUCACUCUACGUCAUGGUUACCCUUACCAACUGGUUCAGGUAGGAUGAAGGUGGGCCUGAGAUACUCUUCUGAAAACAUACAUAUUUUAGGGAAAGAACAAUUCAAGGCCAUUCCAAACCAAAUGAAUCUGCCAUAAUCUUUCAUGGGGAGGGGAGGUAGGGGAGGUCUGAAAGUUAAGGCCCUGCAGGUUUAUCUAACUAGAGCCUUUGGUUCCACAGCUAUGAAGGAGCAGAACUGGAAAAAACCUUCACAAAGGGUAGCUGGGCUACCUUCUGGGUCAAGGUUGCUUCCUGCUGGGCCUGUGUACUCCUCUACCUGGGGCUGCUACUGGUACCAUUCUGUUGGUCCCCCACCCAGAACUCCCA